AAAAAAAAACUUUAGAAUAUGAUUUCGUCAAACAUCAAAACCGAAAUCGAAAACUUGUGGGUGUUUGCUCUUGCAUCGAAAUGCAAUGUCUAUUUCCAAGAAAACAUUGCGUACUUGGUUAUUGUGACUGUCCUGGCUUGGUUAACCUUAACCGUAUUCUUCUGGUCUCACCCGGGCGGUCCAGCUUGGGGAAAAUACUUUUUCGGUAGCCGGUUUUCCUCCCGUAUCUUGUGCGGUGCCGGUAAAACCAAGAAAUUCAUUCCCGGUCCGAGAGGGUUUCCUCUAACCGGUAGCAUGAACCUCCGGUCAAGCCAUGUGGCGCACCACCGCAUCGCGGCGGCAGCCGAGAAGAAAAAUGCCAAGCGGCUCAUGGCGUUCAGCCUCGGAGACACCAGGGUGGUUGUGACGUGUCACCCCGACGUGGCUAAGGAAAUUCUGAACAGCCCGGUUUUCGCGGACCGGCCGGUUGAUGAGACGGCCUACGGUUUGAUGUUUAAUCGGGCCAUGGGUUUCGCUCCCAACGGAAAUUACUGGCGUACCCUUCGUCGAAUUGGUUCGAACCAUCUCUUCAACCCGAAGCAGAUCAAACGCGCUGAGGAGCAGAGACGUGCGAUUGCAUCGCAGAUGGUGAACGCAUACGCACAAAAUGCUGAAACCGCGUUGGCGGUACGUGAAGUGCUCAAAACGGCGUCGUUGAGCAACAUGAUGGGUUCGGUAUUCGGGAGACAAUAUGGUUUGGAGGGUAAGAGCGUAGAAGUGGAAGAGCUGAAGGGUUUGGUGGAGGAGGGGUACGAUCUGCUUGGUAUGCUGAAUUGGACCGACCAUCUUCCUUGGUUAGCCGGUUUAGACUUCCAAAAGAUCCGGUUAAGGUGCUCCCAACUUGUACCAAGAGUUAACCAGUUCGUCACCCAGAUCAUCCAUGAACGCCGUGCUCAGGCGUCCGAGGCCGCAUGUAGCUUUCUUGACGUAUUGUUGUCUCUUCAAGGUCCUGAGAAGUUAUGUGAACCCGAUAUGAUAGCCGUUCUUUGGGAAAUGAUAUUCAGGGGGACGGACACGGUGGCGGUUCUGAUCGAGUGGGUGCUUGCGCGUAUUGUUAUGCAUGGAGAGGUCCAAUCAACGGUCCACGGUGAGCUUGAUCGAGUCGUCGGGAAAACAAGAGCCGUGGAUGAGUCCGACGUUCCAUCUCUCACGUAUCUAACGGCCACGAUCAAAGAAGUGCUCAGGCUUCACCCUCCGGGCCCACUACUCUCGUGGGCCCGCCUUUCCGUCACCGAUACCAACGUGGACGGAUAUCACGUGCCGGCGGGAACCACAGCGAUGGUCAACAUGUGGUCCAUAGCACGUGACCCGCACGUGUGGGAGGACCCGCUCGAGUUCAAGCCCGAGAGGUUCAUCUCUAAGGACGGGGAAGCCGAGUUCUCGGUUUUCGGGACGGAUCUGAGGCUGGCUCCGUUCGGGUCGGGCAAACGGGUCUGUCCCGGGAAGAAUCUUGGGUUUACUACGGUGUCGUUUUGGGUCGCGACGCUUUUGCAUGAAUUUGAGUGGCUGCCGAGUGACGUGGCGAACCCCAUGGACUUGUCGGAGGUUCUGAGGCUCUCGUGCGAGAUGGCUCGUCCUCUCGCUGCUAAAGUGCGCCCCAGGCGUAUAAUAGCAUAAUUAUGCAUGGCUUUGCAUGGGUGUUUUAUGAAAAAAAAAACGUGGCAAAAACACCGAUCACGUACAUAUAUAAAUAAAUAGUGUGAGCCAAACCCAAAAACGUGUGUGGAACUAAUGCGAUGAAUCAUAAUCACUCGCCUGUUAUUAAUAACUUGAUGUAAUAUAUGUAUGUGAUAUGAUCUCAUGUUAAUAAUAUAUACGUGCUCGUGUGUGUUUAUCAUA